GCUCUUUUCACAUGCGCGAGGAGGUAUCUCAACACAACCCCUAUGCUGCGAGACUGUUCUGACCAGAACCUUGGUCCUUGAGAAAAGGAUGCCAAGAAGCAACGGCACCAAUGCAGCCAGGAAGCGCACAAGAUCACAGAACGAGGAGGACCUCUCAUCUACAGCCAAGAAACGCCGCAUCAAGUCAUCAGAAGACUCGCCCGCUACUGAUGGUGGCGCAAGUCAGGCACGCGAAGUGUCAUCAACUGCAAACAAGCCUUUGGGGCGCACCCGUCGGGUGCUGACUGCACGAGCCGCCAACGGUACAUCUGCAGACCCGCGAAAAGAGGAAACAGAAUCGGCGAAGCGACCCGCUCAUCACACCAAGGGCCAAACGGCCAGCAAAGAAUUGCAGUCUUCAAUCGGCUUCGAGAAGAGCAGUGCGUAUGACGUGCCGGACUCGGGUGAGGAUGAGCUGAGCACUGCCGGCGUUACCGGACGGGUCAAGCGUCAGAGACCUUGCGGUGCACAAACUGCCAGGGAUACAAUCGAUUCCUCGGUCGCCGUGAGAGGGAACGGGCCCUGGAAGAAGAGACGUGGACGGCCCAGUAAGCGGGAUCGCGAAGUUCAAGCCCAAGCAGAGACCGGGAGCGCUUCAUUCAAGGAGGCGCCAGCCGGCCCAAAGGCAGCUCAACUGCCUAGACAGUCAAUCGGCCGCGAGGGUCCGCCUUGCGACUCUCCCCAUGCUCAAAUCCAGGAAGUCGACGACGAUGGUGCAGCUACGGAUGAUCUGCGAGUCGACAAGACGGGCCGAACAAGGAGCACAGCAAACGGAAAGCCAGCGCAUAAACCUGAAGUACCGAAAGGGAUUCUGACGCCUCGGAAGCCGAAAGAUGACGUCGGUCGCCAGCAGAAACGCGUAGCGUUUGACGACGGGGCCGAUGAGGAAGCAGUAGAGGAGCUGGCGGCCCAGACACCGUCACGAUCGGCCAGGAAGCACAGUCAAAAGGCUAAGACCGUGGAUGAACCGCAGCUCGACCAUGAACUCGAAGACGCCAAACAGGCCUCGGACGAAGAAUCCGGUGGUGACGAAGUAGACUAUGACGCAGUUUGUGCCAUUUGCUCCCGGCCGGAUUCCACGCCGGAGAACGACAUCGUCUUUUGCGACAACUGUGACAUAGCCGUGCACCAAGAGUGCUACGGGCUCGCCGAGAUCCCAGAGGGCGACUGGCUUUGCCGCAGCUGCUCGCAGGACGAUGCCAGCUCGGCGACCCUUGGCGCGGCAAGUAGGACAAAUGCCCCUGCGGUUGUCGCGCAAGAGAAUCAGAGACCGAACGUCCCAAACUUCGAGCAGCACCUCCGAGCAGCACAGCGGGUGCUGCUCGACCGCUGCGCAGGCCGGCGUCGGAUCAAGCUUCGUGGGCAGGACGAGGCAUACGAGAAAGCCUACCGGCUGGUGGAGCAGACAGUUGUGGCGGGCGAGGGAAACUCAAUGAUGGUGAUAGGUGCGCGCGGGUGCGGCAAGACUACGUUGGUUGAGACUAUCAUAACCGAGAUGUCGAAGCGCCACGACGACCAGUUCCACGUUGUCAGGCUGAACGGGUUUAUUCACACCGACGAUAAGCUGGCUCUGCGGGAAAUAUGGCGGCAGCUGGGCAAGGAAAUGGAGGUUGAGGAUGAGCUCGUCAACCAGACCACCAACUACGCCGACACUAUGGCAUCUCUUCUCGCUCUGUUGUCGCAUCCCUCCGAGAUAGCGGAGACUCAGGACGGCAUCACAUCCAAAUCGAUCAUCUUUGUGAUCGACGAGUUCGACCUGUUCGCCACACAUGCUCGGCAGACGCUGCUUUACAACCUGUUCGACAUUGCGCAGGCAAGAAAGGCGCCCAUAGCUGUGCUGGGGCUGACGACGAGGAUUGAUGUGGUGGAGAGCCUGGAGAAGAGAGUCAAGAGUCGGUUCAGCCACAGAUAUGUCUACUUGUCUCUGCCAAAGAGCCUUCCUGCGUACUGGGACGUAUGUAGGCAGGGGCUCACUGUCGAUGACGAGGACAUGGUCCUGGAGGGUAUCGACCCGAAAUUGAAGGGCCACCGUUCCUUCUGGGACUGGUGGAACGGGAUGCUUGAAUCUCUCCAUAACACGCAGGGAUUCGUGGACCACCUGGAGUCGCACUUUUAUAACACGAAAUCGGUCUCGGCAUUUCUGACCACGUGUAUCGUGCCACUGGCAGCGCUCUCUCCCGCGGCGCCGUCACUGCAGAUGCCUCCAGCCACGGGGCCUAGUGUGUCGCUGGAAGCGGCCGACUCGAAACUGCAUCUCCUCGGCUCGCUGUCGGACCUAGACCUGUCGAUGCUCAUCGCGGCUGCGCGGCUGGACAUUGUGGCGCACACCGACACGGUUAACUUCGCCAUGGCGUACGACGAGUACACGUCGCUGAUGGGCAGGCAGCGGGUGCAGUCAGCGAGCUCCGGCAUGUUGGCGCUCGGGGGCGGAGCGCGGGUGUGGGGCCGCGGCCCGGCAGGCAUUGCAUGGGAGCGCCUGGUUACACUCGGCUUGCUUGUUCCGGCGGCAGCGGGCGGAAGGGGCACUGCCGGCUUGGGUGGGUUGGAUGCCAAGAUGUGGAAGGUGGAUGUCGCGCUCGAAGAGAUUCCGGCGGUGACGAAGCUAAAUGCGGUCCUGGCGCGAUGGUGCCGGGAGAUUUGACCACUGCCCCUAAUAGGAAAUUUGCGCCAAGCCUUGCAGAGCCAAAUCAAUCGUGCAGCUGCAGCACCAGGGGUCCAACAGAUCCUGCAGAAUGAACGCCGUCCACCCAUCCAGCAUAGUCGUUUGAAUCGGCAAGUACAUGUACGCGAGUUCCUGGAGUGGCCAAUGCUCGCUCAUUCCGGGUAGGCGCCCCUGCUCGGGCACUUGAGCUGCCAGUUUAUUUUCGGAUGCACCGCCUCCCGCUCCCACGUGGUUGUGUCGCAUCAGCCCAUCACAGCCAAGACAAG